AUGCUGUUUGACAAGACCCAGAUCCUGGCGGACUUCGACGAUCUAGUCGCCCGGCAAAUAGUCCUCUACGGUCCAGCGUCGGUCAUCAGCCUUAGGGAUAAAGCUUUCCAGUUCGAGUUCCGCAUCUGUCCCGCGCUGGCAUCGAAGCCGGCGACAAUUGGCGCCACGGAGAAUGCUGCAUUCGACACGGUUCCGAAAUAUGGCCCGGGGAGCGACCUCGCUGACGCCGAUCCGAAAUUGGUUGUGUCAAAAAUCCACGAUACUCACCUGCUGGUUAUGAACCGGUUCGCCGUCUUCCGGCCUCAAUACUUGAUCCUAACCCUGGACUCGUUCAGGCGGCAGACCGAGAGCCUCGACCGGACCGACCUCGUUGCCGCGUUGGCGGUCAUGCAAGCUCUGCCAGACGAACACUUCGUCAUGUUCAACUGUGGGAAUGAGGCCGGCUGCAGCAGACUGCACAAACAUAUGCAGGUUAUCCCCUGUUCGAAGGGUUUGACACUGUUCCCCGAUCAGGAUGGCCUCAACCCCAUGGACACUCCAUUCAAGUACUUCAUUGAACCGAUCGAUUCUUCGAUACACGCCUCACCUGGUCGGCUGCAUUCGAUAUAUCGCAGCCUCCAUGGAGAGGCUCUGCAGGCGUGGCAAUCUUGCACAGAAACGACGCUGGAAUACUUCCCGCACAACGUGAUGCUGACCAAACGCUGGAUCAUGGUCGUUCCCCGACGCCGAGCAGCGUUCCAAGGCGCGAGUGCCAACGCCGCCGGCAUGAUGGGUAUGGUGUGGCUGACGAAUCCACGGCAAUUGGACAGAUGGGAGGAGAUCGGCCCUGCUCGAGUGCUCGAGGAGCUUGGAGUCCCAAACCGACGUGGCCAGCCCGCUAAGAAUACCUCUAGCUCUCACAUGUAG